GAUUUUUGGAUUGGAAAAUCAAAAUGCUUUCUAGAUAGAGACGUGUCCAGCCCUCUUCUCUCCUCGCUCUUUCAGAGGGUCCUACUUCUUCGAAGAGUUCUCAAGUUCCAAACUUUAACCUAAAAUCCGACUCAAUGCCUCCUCAAACUCGAUCAGCCUCUUCAAAGAGAAAUAAUUCUUCAGCCACCGAGGAGUUGGAGCCCGAUAGAGAACUCAAUAAACGUCAAAAGCGACCUCAAUCUCAGGAAGAACCAUGUUUUCCCACCAAAUCCUGUUUGGAUAGGUACCAUUCUUGGUUUAUUUCUGUAAAAAUUGUUCCAGGUAGGUUUGUUGAUUUGAAUUUCUUUACACAAGAAGGCUUUCAAUUCGGAAAAUGGUUCCAGGAUAUGAAUUGGGUACCUAUUGUGGGCAUGAGACAAAAAUUCUAUCCACAGUUGGUGAAGCAUUUUUAUGCCAAUUUGUCAUAUGAUCCUGAUAAAACCCAGAUAUUUUCCCUUGUGAAAGGCAAGGAAAUUAGGUUAAAUCAAGAGUCCUUGAUGAAAAUUCUUGGAAUUCCUAACCUAGGGAGUGAGAUAUAUGAUAAUGAUAAAUGGGUAGAGGAUGCUGGUGUCAGUAGAGUAGAAGCCCUAAGAAUGGUUCUUGACAAUCCUGAUGUUUCUGAAGUAACGAAGCUUAAUGCUUGCCACUUGAAACUGGAAAUGAGAUUGCUUCACCACAUGAUAGUGCACAUAAUUCUACCUAGAAAAAGGAAUUUUAAUCAUGUAUCUUCUAUGGAUUUAUUGGUUAUGUGGCAUAUUCUUCGUGGGAAGCCAUUCAAUCUGCCAUUUUUGUUGUUAGCUCAUAUGAUUGCAUGCUCAGAAAAGAAAAACGCAUGUUUGCCAUAUGGCAUGAUUCUCACAUCUAUCUUCAACCAUUUUGAAUUUCCUCUUGAGGAAGAGGAGAGUGUAGAAUUGAAGGGCUCAGAUAUUUACAAUGAGGUUACUUUGCAUAAGAUGGGGUAUGUCAAAAGGGACAGGGGUUGGUUUCUUAAAAAGGAUAAAGCUGUUGUUCAAACAAGUUUAGAAAUCCAAUCUCAGGGGAAUACUGAUAUUAAUCAAUCUCAAGAUGCUUCCGUUCCUCCCAAAACAACUUCCCAACAAACGCCUUCACAUGGCACUACUUCAAUGUCCGAGUCAAAUCCUACAUCCUCUGCUUCUCCUUCCUUAAUGGUUGCUAAACAGCCUAGUUUGAUUGAAGGUAUUUUCGUCCUUGUAAAGGGCAUGAGGGAAGACGUGAGUACUAUGACAAUGAGUCCCAAGCUGGAUAAUUUGCAUAACAAAAUUGAGAAUUUGCAACUCCUUGUUACUCAACUUCACUGCCAACGUCAAGAAAGGACAAUUGGAGAUAUUUUCCUCCUACUAGAGGUUAUUAUGGCAGACAUGAGGACUCUGCGCUCCAAGAUGGAUAGUUUUGAAAAGAAGAUAGAUUGCUUGCAAGCCCAACUGACUGAAUUUCUUCACCAAAGGGAAGAUUUGGGUAAAGUUGAUAAAGAAAGCAUAGAAUGGAUGAUUGGUGAGACAGUUACCUUGAGAGGACAAAACCGAGAUAUAAUUUGUCACUUUGAGACUACGAGUAGCGCAAUCCAAGAUUUUUGGGAUCGCUUAUCUUCUCGAAUUGGGGGAGUGCUUUUUCACUAGUUGAAGCUGGCAUGUGGUCUUUUGCUUUCGGUGUUGGGAGGAUACAAAUACGUUUCUUGGUCUCUCGAGUCCUCAGUCCUUACUUCUAAAGAUGGUUGAUUUGAUGUGAGGAUCUCAGUAGUUUCUAUUUCGAUUCGAUGGAUAUUGAAUUGUGAUGCAUGUGUGACUCAUCGAUUCAACAAGUCUACGAGCUGGGAGGGAAGAACAAAAAGACAUAAAGCAAGAGGAAAAGCUUAGAAUUCUACUUAGAUGAUUUAAUGUUUCACACCAGGAUACAAUGUUUAAAGGAGGUAAUUUUCCUGAAUAUGAACUGGCUCCUUCCUUUUGAUCCUGAAGUCUAAUCAAUAUCUCUUUCAUUGAUCUUGAUUUCUCGUUGAGCAUACUUGGUGGUUUUAACAUUUUGAUCAGACCAAUAAGUGCUCUUUUUAACAAAUGUUUUUUAGCGUGAAGUUCAACUUCAUAGAACAGAGUUCAUAUCAUUUACACCUUAUAUAGGUAUUUCAGAAUAGGGUUGUCAA